AUUUUUGUGUUGAAGCCAAAGUUCGCAAAGCACUCCCUCAUUUGUCGGCCGAUCGACAAACUGGAUUCCUUACCGUUUAGGUUCAAGGCCGGUCCGACCAUGGCUCCAAUUGCGGGUGCUCAUCACCACCGCAACACAACCAAAUCUUCACAUAAGCCUUACAAGUCACGGCAUGCCUCGAAGAAUGCUCUAAAGGAGAAGUCCAAAGGAAAGGUUGAGCAAAGCGAAAGAGGACAAAGGCGCACCCCGCACCAGCAAGUCAUGUCGAAAUUCGAUCGGAGAAAUCAAGCUCGCCAGAAACAAAAUGCAAAGCGUCUAGAGCACACCAAGGCAACCAGCAUCUUCUCUGGCAAGGACGGAGCACCGAGGCUCGUUGCUGUUAUUCCUCUAUGUGAGGGGCUUGACGCAGCAGCGGCAGUGAAAUCUCUCAACUCAAGCAUCGAUAUCGAAAGCGACGUUCCUGCUGCCGGACUCUUGCAGGUUUCUGUGGACAGAUUUAAGCAGAAAAUCGAAUACAUUGUUGCCAAGAAGGAUAUUCUAUCGGCGCUCGAUGCGGCUCGUGCGGCUGAUUUUAUCGUGUUUCUACUUUCGCCGGAAAACGAGGUAGACGAGAUGGGAGAGCUGAUGCUCCGUAGCAUUGAGGGACAAGGUGUCUCUAACGUGUUGACUGCAGUCCAAGGCAUUGAGAAAAUAGAUCCCCCCAAACGCCGACCACAGGUCAUUGCUUCUCUCAAGUCAUUCAUCACCCAUUUCUUCCCUACUCAAGAUAAAGUCCAUUCUCUGGACUCAAGACAAGACUGCGCGAAUGUUAUCCGAUCCUUAUGUACAACCACACCAAAGGGUAUUAGAUGGCGAGACGAGCGCAGCUGGUUGCUCGCAGAGGAGGUUAGAUGGCCGGGUGAGGCCACUGAGCCUGAUCAGGUCGGCGAGGUCGUCAUCAGAGGUCAUGUUAGAGGCAAAGGUCUCAAAGCAGACCGAAUUGUACAAGUGGGCGACUGGGGUGAUUUCCAGAUUGAGAAAAUCGUCGAAGUUCCCACGGAAGCCCGCAAGAAGAGCAGCCGCACCGACGAAAUGGCAGUAGACGACGAGGGCAAGGAAAAGAUUGUAGACCAGCCCACAGAGGAUCAGGAUGACCUUAACGAACUUGCACCUGAAGAGGUCCAUAUGGACGAUACAGAUGAAAUGAUGAACGAGCCGAUUCAGGAUCGAAAAGGUGUUUUGUUGGACGAACACCAUUAUUUCUCUGACGGUGAUGAGGACGACGAAAAGGUCCCAAAGAGGCUCCCCAAAGGAACUUCCAAGUACCAGUCUGCAUGGUACUUAGGAGAUGUCUCCGACUCUGGCUCUGAUCUGGAGGACAUUGAUUACCAGGACGAUGAAGAAGAUGAUGAAGACAUGGCAACGGACGCCCCCGCUUUGCCGCAAGAUGGCAUGGAAGGGCUUGAUCACUCUGGCCAGCGCGAGCCCACUGAGGCUGCGCCCUCGGAGUAUCCCCAGUCCGAGAUGUUUGUCGACCCCUCCCCCGAGGAGGAAGCGGAGCAAAUAGCAGAAUACCGGAAACAGCGCAAGACUGAGGCGGAGGAAGAUCUCGAAUUCCCCGAUGAGAUUGAGCUCCACCCGCAUAUGCUCGCUCGUGAGCGUCUGGCCAGAUACCGUGGACUGAAGAGCUUAAGAUCAAGUCACUGGGAAACGUCCGAGGAUCGUGGACACGAACCGGAAGAAUGGUAUCGCCUUCUCGAUGUGCCCAAUUACAAGGGUGUCAGAAGCCAGGUCGCCAGGGAAGCCCUUGUCGGCGGUGUCAAGCCCGGCACUCUUGUGGACAUUCACCUCCGCAACGUGCCUUUGUCUCUGCAAAAGACUUACUCCCCAAGUGAGCCACUGGCAGUCUACUCCCUGCUGCGGCAUGAGCAUAAGCGCACUGUCGCGAACGUUAGCAUGACGCUGUCCACGGAUUACCCCAACCCAAUAAAGGCCAAAGAGGAGUUGAUCAUGCAAUGUGGCCCACGCCGAAUUGUUAUCAAUCCUGUCUUCUCCGCCAUGGGUAACUCGCCAAACAACGUUCACAAGUUUGACCGCUUCUUACAUCCUGGCGCGACCACGAUGGCUACUUUCAUCGGACCUUUGACAUGGGGUUCGGUACCAAUACUCUUCUUCAAGAAGAAGUCUGCUGGCGCAACUGACGGAGACCAGGCGCCCUCAGCUAAUGGCGACGAAGAUAAAGAAAUGGCCGUGGACGGCGAGGGUGAGGGUGAAAGUGACGAUGCCAAUGUUCCCUUAGAACUCAUUGGUACCGGCACUGCCCAGGCUCCGGACCGAAGCCGUGUGGUUGCCAAGCGUGUCAUUCUCACAGGACAUCCGUUCAAGAUCAAUAAGAAGGUCGUCACGAUCCGGUACAUGUUCUUCAACACCGAGGACGUCGCGUGGUUCAAGGCCAUGCCUUUGUGGACCAGACGUGGCCGCAGCGGCUUCAUCAAAGAGAGCUUGGGUACUCAUGGAUACUUCAAGGCCACAUUUGAUGGUCCUAUCAAUCCCCAGGAUGCCGUCGGCAUCAGUUUGUAUAAGCGUGUUUUCCCAAGGAGUGCCAAGCCAUUUCACCCCGAGAUGCUUGAGCAAUGAAGGAAAUCUUUAGCUUCCUCCUUCUGUCAAGCGUGCAGAUCAGAGGGGAUAUGACAUGAUACAAAAAUUAUGACUCGGAAUCAAAUAGAUGGCUUACGGAUUACCCUAGUGUUUUGGUCAAUGGUCUAUGGUCUUUGGGCGGUAAAUAGUCUUCUCGGGCUAUGCACACCGAUAGAGACUGAUACUAUUCAAGUUUGAUUUAAAAGUAAAAGCAUCAUUAUUGUGUAGAUUUUAGGUUAUGAAUAUAUUCACAUUGCCACC